GUCCCGGUACCCGGAAAACCCGUUUCCGGCACUUUACAAUAAAUAAUUAAAAUAAUUAAUUAUCCCCUUUUUUUCUUGACCUUUCUCUCGAGUCCGCUCCGGCGGCUUCCUCCAGUUCUCUGGUCCCUUCCGAAUCGGCCAAAAAGGGGAACAAAUACGAAAUGCCGACACUCCGCCGGAGAAAACCCGCCGAUUCCGACAAGCCGACCACCUCGGCACCGUCGGAUGACGCCAGGGGCGGAGGAGGAGGGACGACGGGAAGAGGAGAAGAAGAAGAGGAAGAAGAUUAUGAACAAGAUGCGGACAACAGCAAGAGGAAGAAGAACAACAACAAGAGGAGGCGAAAGAAGAAGGCCGCCGCCGCUGCAGCCGCCGCCGCUUCUGCCGAUAAUAAGCAUCCGGCCCUGCCAUCGGAGGAAGAAGAGGACGGGAGGAAGCACCACCGGAAGCGGUCGAAAUGGUCGUGCGUCGACAACUGCUGCUGGUUCGUCGGCUGCGUAUGUUUGACCUGGUGGGUCCUGCUGUUUCUGUACAACGCCAUGCCGGCUUCCUUCCCGCAGUAUGUCACCGAGGCAAUCACGGGUCCUUCGCCCGACCCGCCAGGGGUCAAGCUCAAGAAGGAAGGGCUCAAGGCGAAGCAUCCUGUUGUCUUUGUCCCCGGAAUUGUCACCGCUGGGUUGGAAUUGUGGGAAGGUCAUCAAUGUGCUGAAGGGUUGUUUAGGAAGCGGCUUUGGGGCGGUACUUUUGGUGAGGUUUAUAAGAGGCCUCUCUGCUGGACCGAGCAUAUGUCGUUAGAUAAUGAAACCGGUUUGGAUCCUCCUGGUAUAAGAGUCAGGCCUGUAUCUGGACUUGUAGCUGCUGAUUAUUUUGCUCCUGGAUAUUUCGUGUGGGCAGUUCUUAUUGCCAACUUGGCACGCAUAGGAUAUGAGGAGAAGACAAUGUACAUGGCGUCCUAUGAUUGGAGACUUUCGUUCCAGAACACAGAGGUUCGUGACCAAACUUUGAGCCGCACCAAAAGUAAUAUAGAACUGAUGGUCGCUACAAAUGGUGGGAAUAAGGCGGUCAUUAUUCCACAUUCUAUGGGUGUUUUGUACUUUCUGCAUUUCAUGAAAUGGGUUGAAGCACCAGCUCCAAUGGGCGGUGGGGGUGGACCAGAUUGGUGUGCGAAGCAUAUCAAGGCAGUGAUAAACAUUGGUGGACCCUUUUUAGGUGUUCCAAAAGCUGUUACUGGACUUUUCUCUGCUGAAGCAAGGGAUAUUGCAGUUGUCAGGGCCCUUACUCCAGGUUUCUUGGACAAUGAUAUCUUCCGCCUCCAAACAUUACAGCAUAUAAUGAAAAUGUCUCGUACAUGGGACUCAACCAUGUCUAUGAUCCCUAGAGGUGGGGAUACUAUCUGGGGUGAUCUGGACUGGUCUCCAGAGGAUGGCUACUCUCCUAGUAAAAGAGGGCAGAAAAACAAUGAAACCGACAUAAAAAAUCAAGAUGGGAGUGACAGUAAGCCUUCUCAGACAGCGAAGGCUCACUAUGGAAGGAUCAUAUCCUUUGGAAAAGAAGUAGCAGAAGCACCUUCAUCUGAGAUUGAGAGGAUAGAUUUCAGGGAUGCUCUGAAAGGUAAAAAUGUUGCAAACUCUACUUGUCGUGAUGUGUGGACAGAGUACCACGACAUGGGGUUUGGAGGGAUAAAUGCUUGUGCAGAAUAUAAGGCGUACACUGCUGGAUCUAUUGUAGACCUGCUUCGUUUCGUUGCCCCGAAAAUGAUGGAUCGAGGAAGUUGUCAUUUCUCCUAUGGAAUUGCCGAUGACCUUGAUGAUCCCAAGUACAACCACUACAAAUACUGGUCAAACCCCUUGGAGACCAAGUUACCUAAUGCUCCGGAUAUGGAAAUCUUUUCCAUGUAUGGAGUUGGCAUACCGACAGAAAGAGCUUAUGUCUAUCGUUUAUCUCCUUCCGCUGAAUGCUAUAUUCCAUUCCAGAUUGAUACCUCGGCUGUAGGGGAAGAUAAAGAUAGCUGUCUCAAAGAUGGAGUGUACACAGUUGAUGGUGAUGAAACGGUUCCUGCCUUGAGUGCGGGCUACAUGUGUGCCAAAGGUUGGCGGGGGAAGACCAGGUUCAAUCCUUCUGGAAUAAGGACUUACAUCAGGGAAUAUGAUCAUUCUCCUCCAGCUAAUUUGUUGGAAGGCAGGGGAACGCAGAGUGGUGCCCAUGUCGAUAUCAUGGGGAAUUUCGCACUGAUUGAAGAUGUAAUGAGGGUGGCAGCUGGGGAUUCAGGGGAUGAUUUGGGUGGUGAUCGUGUCUAUUCUGAUAUCUUUAAGUGGUCCGAGAAGAUAAAGCUAAAACUGUGACUUGUUAUCAGAAUGUCUUUGAAUUUAGGGUGCGGACUCCAGGAAGAGAAGUAUUUAAAUGGUUUGGGAAGUGACUUUUGCUGGGGAGAAGACUCAACCAUUAACCCACAAUGAUCUGAAACUGUUCCUCCAUUAACAAAAAUUCUGUCAAUCCUUCUUGCAAUUGGAUUCCUAGCCUGCUUAUUAACCCAUGUAUACUUUUCACCCAGAGUUUUAUGCUCUGUCAAUCUCAUCGAGGAAAACUUAUCCUAGUCCAACCAGCAUUUGAUAUUUAGCCUGCUUCAAUGGUAGACUUCCUAACCAGAAUAUUCGAGAAAUUUGUUCUUAAGCAUCCAGGAACAUUGAUCAUUCAUUUAUCUGUGCAGAGAUGGUUUUCAUGUUUCAUAAAUCACUCUGAAUCUAUAGCUUGCCUGAAACACAUCCCAGAUGUCACGACAACUUGUGGACAGUGGCACCUAUUGUUUCUGGAUUACUUGGAAACCAAGGACAGCUAGAGCCUUACACUGCAGAAUCUCAGGCAGAUCAAUAGUGUGUUAUUGCUGCUGCUGCUGCUGUUGUUGUUCUUCGUUGUAAAUUGUUGAUCCAAGAUCUUCCAUCUAUAUGGACGGGAGAAACUUACGAAGUCUUGUAUCUGGCCUUCAGUUAUAGACAAACACAUUUAUACAAUGGUUACUUGUGGCUGAAUCUGUACAUUCUAGUCUGAUUAUUUUCUUCUUCCAAAAGUGAUCAUAUAAUAACAAUGUGACUAUUGUUAGGCUGAAAUUGAAAGAAAAGUUUCUUAUUACUCAUUGGAGUCCCUUUUAACCUUCCAUUCCUCUUCCUAAGAUUUGGUUGCUGCUGUUAUUCUGAGA